GGUGAAGCUCAAAGAUGUGAGGUCGGGAUGGACAGGAGGCUGUGGGAUCGAAGUUGACAAGGUCGAAAAGUUGACAGUUGUGGCGAUGUUGUAAGAUCGAAGGCGGGACCUGAAUCUGGAAUGGGCAAGAUCCAGGGUGGGGUCUCCGAGAUCUUAAGUUGAACUUGAGACCGAAGCUGUAAAUCCAGAAUGGGCAGAUCCAAGGUGGAACCUCAAAGCUGUAAAGUCGAAGUUGACAAGACCGAAGCUGUAAAUCCAAAAAAAAAAAACAAAUCCAAGAUGAAACCUCAGGGCUGUAAAUCCAAAAUGCUAAGAUCCAGCGUGAAACCUCAAAGUUGGCAAAGUCUAAGGCGCGAUCUCAGUUGUAUGAUCGAGGCUGGCACGAUUCCAGGUUUGCUGGGGCGUGUGUGGCGGGGCGGUCUCCUUUUUUUUUUUUGGCUGUUGGUGGCAAGCCAGAAUGACGGGGUGUGGAGCGGAGAUCCGGAUGGGCAGGCGCGGGGAUAUGAGCCGGCAGAACACACGAGAAUAGCGCCAGAAAAAACGGAAAGCAAAACUGAGAGAAGCCAAAAAAAUAGAAAACUAAAAGACAAAGAAAAACAUAAUCAAGAAACUAAGAUCGCGGGGCGAACGGAUCCCGACUCGCAGACUUCUGGAUGUGCGGGUCCUCAGCGGCCCAGCAAACAGGGAGUAUAUUUAGCAGGCCCCAUAUGCGGCGGGAGCCCGGGGCUUCCUGAUUUUUCGUUAUUCUUUUGGGGUUUUCUUUUUUGUUCUUUGGUUAGUUUGUUUUUUGGUUAGUUUGUUUUUUGGUUUGUUUUUUGGUUUGUUUGUUUUUGGUUUGUUUGUUCUUUGGUUCGUUUGUUUGUUUGUUUGUUUGUUCUUUGGUUCGUUCAUUUUUUUUUGUAAUUUUU